AACCGCCCUUUUAUUCAGUGAGACGGAGUUCGUCGGGCCGGGUCGUCACUGCAAAAUUUUCAAAUUACACUAAAUAUUUUGUGUAACUUUUAGUGUAGGGCGACCCGAUACCUUACCCGACUUAAGUACUUAAUUAAAUCAAUCACAAUGUUACACUUAAAAAGUAUAGCGAAGACAGCAGUGCCGCCUUUAAAAAAUACAAUCAAAAAUGAGGCAGUCAAUAACGUGCUCAGAAUCGCGCCUGCCGCUGUUAACGUUUGUUGCCGUACCUACGCGAGCCAUGAAAUUCCAGAUAGGCUUAAAGAUAUCCCAACCAGUGGAAACCCCAGGUUCUUCGACAUGGUGGAGUACUUCUUCCACAGAGCCUGCCAGGUAGUCGAAGACAAACUGGUGGACGACAUGAAGUCAAGGGUGCCUAUCGAGGAGAAAAAGAAGAAGGUUGCUGGUAUCUUGCAGCUAAUGCAGCCAUGUGACCACAUUCUCGAGAUCCAAUUCCCCCUGAGACGUGACUCCGGCGAUUAUGAAAUGAUCCGCGGCUACCGAGCCCAACAUUCCUCACACAGGACACCCACCAAAGGAGGUAUUCGAUUCUCGACUGACGUCACUAGGGAUGAAGUGAAGGCUCUGUCUGCCCUGAUGACGUUCAAGUGCGCGUGCGUCGACGUACCGUUCGGCGGCGCCAAGGCCGGUAUCAAGAUCAACCCCAAGAUGUACUCUGAACAUGAACUCGAGAAGAUCACCCGUCGGUUCACACUUGAGCUCGCCAAGAAAGGAUUCAUUGGGCCCGGUGUGGACGUACCCGCCCCCGACAUGGGCACCGGCGAGCGAGAGAUGUCGUGGAUCGCAGACACCUACGCUAAGACCAUCGGCUUCCAAGACAUCAACGCUCACGCCUGCGUCACUGGCAAGCCCAUCAACCAGGGAGGUAUCCACGGCAGAGUGUCAGCCACCGGCCGAGGAGUGUUCCACGGACUGGAGAACUUCAUCAACGAAGCCAACUACAUGAGCAUGAUCGGCACGACCCCCGGCUGGGGUGGCAAGACUUUCAUAGUCCAGGGCUUCGGUAACGUGGGCCUGCACACGUGCCGCUACCUGGUACGCGCUGGCGCCACCUGCAUCGGCGUCAUCGAACACGACGGCUCCAUCAUCAACCCUGAGGGCAUUGACCCUAAGGCGUUGGAAGACUACAGGAUCGAGCACGGCACGAUCGUGGGCUUCCCCGGGGCGAAGGCGUACGACGGUGAGAUGCUUUACGAGAAGUGCGACAUCCUCGUCCCGGCCGCCGUCGAGCAAGUCAUCCACAAGGAGAACGCGCACAAAAUACAGGCUAAGAUCAUUGCAGAGGCCGCCAACGGCCCGACGACCCCCGCAGCCGACAAGAUCCUGAUCGACCGCAACAUCCUGGUCAUCCCCGACCUGUACAUCAACGCCGGUGGUGUCACCGUCUCCUUCUUCGAGUGGCUCAAGAACCUCAAUCACGUCUCCUACGGCCGUCUUACCUUCAAGUACGAGCGCGAGUCUAACUACCAGUUGCUCGAAUCUGUGCAAGAGUCUCUGGAGAGGCGAUUCGGCCGCGUCGGCGGACGUAUCCCCGUGACACCCUCCGAGUCCUUCCAGAAGAGGAUCGCCGGUGCCUCCGAGAAGGACAUCGUGCACUCCGGUCUCGACUACACCAUGGAGAGGUCUGCCAGGGCUAUUAUGAAGACUGCCAUGAAAUUCAACCUGGGCCUAGAUCUGAGAACAGCGGCGUAUGCGAACUCCAUCGAGAAGAUCUUCACCACCUACGCCGACGCUGGCCUCGCCUUCUAAACUCAUUAGAUCAAGUAUUUUCUGCAUUUUAUAGACUAUCCACUUUCACUCCCUUUGCACUUAAGUGUAACUUUAAGACAUUAUUAUACGCAGUAUUUUUUCUUUGUUGAAAUCAUGGCUUUUUUACUUUGAUAUUAAGUGAUGCAUUGUUAAAACUAUAACUUAAGUGAAAAUAUAAUUUUCCAAUUGUAUCGUCUUUGAAUCAGAAUUAAAUAUUGUUUUACUGUUAUUUCUUACCGAAUUUAUUUUUUGAUAUGCCUCCCGAAACCAAACACGUGAAGUUAUUUUUAGUUUUUAAAUAUAUUAUUGAAAUAUGAA